UCUCUCUCUCUCUCUCGGAGCAGAAACGGCGGAAAAAAAGCGGAGAGACGGAGAGUGUCCGCGUGCCUGUUACCUGAGCGGUCAGAGCGGGAACAACCAGAGAAGAAGAGAGAGGAGGAAAAGAGAAGAAGAGUUGGUCAGUAGUUGUCCCCCUCCCUCCCCCCUCCCUCCCCCUCCGGAGGGUCUCGGUGUGAACAUGGAGCGGACUGGAACUUUCCUGCUCCUCGCGGCGCUCGCACUGGUUUCACUGGGACUAACGGGUGCGCGGGCGGACACCUUCAAAGCCUGUCUGUCUGGCCAGGGUCCAGACUGUCCUCUGGUCCAGUCCAAAGAGGACGACUUCGACUGGGAGCAGGGAGAGACCCGGGACCGACCUGCCAGCACCCACUGGAUCCCUGCAGGUUCCUCCUUCCUGUUUGUGAACACGUCAGGUCGUCAUGUGGGUCAGCGUGCGCAGCUGCUGCUGCCCCCCCUCAAAGAGAACGACACACACUGCGUCAGCUUCCUGUUCUACCAGGAGGGGGGGCGUGAGGGAGCCACUCCUGCCACACUCAACGUCUACGUCAAAGAGAACAACAGUCCUCUGGGAAUCCCGGUCUUUAACUCGUCAGGCCCUGCCUACCACAUCUGGAAGGGGGUGGAGCUCGCCGUGUCCACCUUCUGGCCUAACUACUACCAGGUGGUGUUUGAGGCGGUCAGCACCGGUCAGAGAGGAGUCCUGGCCAUCAAGGACAUCACACUGCAGGGACACCAGUGCAUGAGCACGCCUCACUUCCUGCACAUUAAAGGUGUGGAGGUGAACGCAGGACAGACGGCAACUUUUCACUGCACCAUCAACGGACGACCACAGAGCAACCUGCUGCUCUACCUGCAGGGGAUGGCUGGUCGUCAGGCGGUUGUCAGGGAAACCAAACCGGUUAACUCGCGGCGCUACGUGGCGAGUUUCGACGUGGAGAACACGACCAAAGGCGACUCCGGACGCUACCGCUGCAUCGCCCAAUCAGAGCAAGGUGUGGGCGUGUCCUCGUACGCUGACCUCACAGUCAAACAACCCCCUGUACCGAUCGCCCCUCCUCAGCUGACAGCGGUGGGUGCCACCUACCUGUGGAUCCAGCUCAACGCCAACUCCAUCAAUGGAGAUGGACCAAUCAUUGAAAGAGAGGUGGAGUACCGUACGAUGUCGGGCAUGCUGAUCGACACCACACCUGUCGAUAAACCCACCCAUAAGAUCGGACACCUGGACCCCGACACAGAGUACGAGAUCAGCGUGCUGCUCACCAGACCCCUGGAUGGAGGCACGGGAAACCCCGGACCACCGCUCCGAGCCAGGACGAAGUGUGCAGAUCCGAUGCACGGCCCACGGCGUCUCGAGGUCGUCGACAUCCAGUCCAAACAGGUGACAGUGCACUGGGAGCCGUUUGGAUACAACGUGACCCGCUGCCACAGCUACAACCUCACAGUGCAGUACCGCUACAGACCUGCAGGGGUCCCCAGCAGGGAGCCGGUGAAGGAGGAGGUGGUGUACGACACGCUGAGCACCGUGCCCCAGCACACCGUACGUAACCUUCCACCAUUCACCAACGUCAGCCUGAGACUGGUCCUCAGUAACCCUGAGGGACGCAAGGAGAGCGAUGAACUGCUGGUCCUGACCGACGAGGACGUUCCCGGAGCUGUCCCCGUGGACUCAAUCCUCGGCAGCAGCUACGAGCAGCAGAUCAGUCUGAGCUGGAGAGAACCUUUGCAGACCUAUGGCCUCAUCCGACAGUAUGAGAUCUCCUACAAAGCCCUGAGCUCCUUUGACACAGAGUUCGAUCUGUCCAAUCAGAGUGGGAAGGUUUUCAAACCGGCCAAUGAGACGAGCCAUGUGUUUAGCGGCCUCUACCCUGGCUCCACCUAUUCCUUCACAAUAAGAGCCUCCACCAUCAAAGGCUUCGGGCCCCCGGUGAUCACACAGUUCACCACCAAGAUUUCAGCUCCUCUGAUGCCGGCCUACGAUCAGGAGUCUCCUCUGAAUCAGACCGACUCCACCGUCACUGUUCUGCUGAAACCAGCUCAGAGCCGAGGAGCUCCAGUCAGUAAAUAUCAGGUGGUGGUGGAGGAGGAGCGCCCCCGCAGGCAGAGGAGAGGCACUGCAGAGAUCCUGCGCUGUUAUCCAGUUCCCAUCCACUUCCAGAACGCCACACUGCUCAAUUCCCAGUAUUACUUCAGUGCAGAGCUGCCAAUGAGCGAGCUGAGAGCGCCCAUGCCCUUCUGUGUCGGUGAUAACAGGACGUACAGCGGUUACUGGAACGCUCCUCUACUGCCUCAUAAGAGUUAUGGGAUCUACUAUCAGGCUGUCAGCACUGCUAAUGGGGAAACAAAGAUCGACUGUGUGCGAGUGGCCACUAAAGCUGCUAUAAUCGUCACCCAGCUCACCACGCCAUACGUUCGCGUGGUGCCGGCAGCCGGCGACAAGCAGCUAACAGGAGCGGCGACCAGGAAACCAGAACCAGAACAGGAGAACCAGUCGGAUCACACGGUGAAGAUCGCCGGAGCCAUCGCCGGCAUCCUGCUCUUCAUCAUCAUCUUCCUCGGAGUCGUCCUCCUGAUGAAGAAAAGACGAAGAAACUAUCACUCCUACACUUACUACCUGAAACUGGCGAAGAAGAGGAAGGAAACUCUGAGCUCCAGACAGGAAAUGACUCUGAUGGUCAACAACUCCCAACACACAACUAUGGUGGACACACACACUCACACACUGAACGGACGCACUGUGUCGUCUCCGUCGUCCUUCACCCUGAAGACUAACACCAUCAGCACCACCGUCCCCAACUCCUACUACCCAGAUCCCUUCGUACCGACGGCCAUUCUGGACGACAGUCACACCAUGACCAGUGAGACCAGCAGCCUGGUCCAGUCCCACUACAAGCAGCGGGAGUCGGAGAGGGAGGCGCUGCCCUAUCAGACGGGACAGCUGCACCCGGCCAUCCGAGUGGCUGACCUGCUGCAGCACAUCACCCAGAUGAAAUGUGCCGAGGGUUACGGCUUCAAGGAGGAGUACGAGAGUUUUUUUGAGGGGCAGUCGGCUCCGUGGGAUUCGGCCAAGAAGGAUGAGAACCGCAUGAAGAAUCGCUACGGAAACAUCAUCGCCUACGACCACUCUCGCGUGCGUCUGCAGCCUCAGGAUGGAGAGAGCAGCUCCGACUACAUCAACGCCAACUACGUCGACGGAUACCACCGACCCAACCACUACAUUGCCACGCAGGGACCGAUGCAGGAGACGGUGUACGAUUUCUGGCGGAUGGUCUGGCAGGAGAACACUGCCGCCAUCGUCAUGGUAACCAACCUGGUGGAGGUGGGGCGGGUGAAGUGUUGUAAGUACUGGCCCGACGACACAGAGAUCUAUGGCGACAUGAAGGUGACGCUGAUCGAGACUCAGCUGCUGUCGGAGUACGUGAUCCGGACCUUCGCCGUGGAGAAGAGGGGCGUGGCUGAGAUCAGGGAGAUCCGUCAGUUCCACUUCACUGGUUGGCCUGAUCAUGGCGUCCCGCUCCACGCCACUGGCCUGCUCGGCUUCAUCCGCCGUGUCAAGGCCAAAACCCCGCCCACCGCCGGACCCACCGUCGUCCACUGCAGUGCGGGGGCGGGGCGUACAGGUUGCUUUAUAGUGAUCGACAUCAUGCUGGACAUGGCGGAGAGAGAGGGCGUAGUCGACAUCUACAACUGUGUCCGAGAGCUGAGAGCACGAAGGGUUAACAUGGUCCAGACCGAGGAGCAGUACGUCUUCAUCCAUGACGCCAUCUUGGAGGCGUGUCUUUGCGGCGACACUGCGAUUCCGGCCAAUCAACUGCGGUCGGUUUAUUACGAGAUGAACCGACUGGAUCCUCAGACCAACUCCAGUCAGAUCAAAGAGGAGUUCAGGACUCUGAACAUGGUGACGCCGACACUGCGGGUGGAGGACUGCAGCAUCGCCCUGUUGCCCAGAAACCACGAGAAGAACCGCUGCAUGGACGUGCUGCCUCCAGACCGCUGUCUGCCAUUCCUCAUCACCAUCGAUGGAGAGAGCUCCAACUACAUCAAUGCUGCGCUCAUGGAUAGCUACAAGCAGCCGUCGGCGUUUAUUGUUACCCAGCAUCCUCUGCCCAACACGGUGAAAGACUUCUGGCGUCUGGUCCUCGACUACCACUGCACAUCCAUCGUCAUGCUGAAUGACGUGGACCCAGCACAGCUGUGUCCUCAGUACUGGCCAGAGAACGGCCUCCAUCGCCUCGGCUCCUUGCAGGUGGAAUUUGUCUCUGCAGAUCUGGAGGAGGACGUGAUCAGUCGCAUCUUCAGGAUCUACAACACAGCCAGGCCGCAGGAUGGGUACCGCAUGGUGCAGCAGUUCCAGUUCCUGGGCUGGCCAAUGUACCGGGACACGCCCAUCUCCAAGCGCUCCUUCCUCAAACUGGUCCACCAGGUGGACAAAUGGCAGGAGGAGUAUGAUGGCGGCGAGGGACGCACCGUGGUCCACUGCCUUAAUGGCGGCGGUCGCAGUGGUGUGUUCUGCAGUAUCAGUAUAGUGUGUGAGAUGUUGCGACAGCAGCGCUGUGUCGACGUCUUUCAUGCCGUUAAAACACUGAGAAACAACAAACCAAACAUGGUGGACCUGCUGGAACAGUAUAAGUUCUGUUAUGAAGUUGCUCUGGAGUAUCUCAACUCUGCUUAGCUUCAACAACAGACUCUUCAUCCUCCUCCUCCUCCUGGGGAGGGGGUCGACUACUGACUGAGAGUGAGGAGGAGGAGGAGGAUGUUUUUGCACUGCCUUGUUUGAACUAUCUGACUGCAAGCAUGGACACACUGAACUCUGACAGACUCAUUUUGUUAGUCACCACCUGUCACCUUGUUGUGUUUUUUUAUUGUUUUGUUUGGUGUCGAUGAAACUAAAGGAACCAAAACAACAUCAGAGCGGAGCAUCUCGUCUGCGAUCGAUCAGAUUAUCAGCACCUGAUUUAACUCCCUGUCAGAUGAACCUUCCUCCUGUGGGAGCAGAACAAUCUGAGGUUCGACUGUAUGAGCAGAUAAAAAUUCAUCUGUGGAAUCAACUGUUAAAUCAGUCAGAUCCUUUCAGGUUAAGAGCUUUUAUUGAUCAGCACAGUCCGUUUUUAAAGGUUGAUUUUCAUUGGUCAUGGAGCAGUGUGAUGUCAGAGCUCAGGAUCAUCAUCAGGUUUAAAGAAGCGCUAAAAAGAUCAGUCAAUUAAUCAAUAAGCUGCUCAACAGGAAACUUGAUCACUGAUGUAUUUUAUAAUUGAUUGUGUGAAGUAAAAAACUUGUCUGUUUCCAGCAGUGACUGUGUUUAAAGAGGGCCACCAUGACAGCUCCGAUGGCAGCUCUGUCGCCCCCUGGAGGGUGGCUGCAGUACAACAGCUCAUAAGCCCCUUCAAGCCCUCUCCAUAUGUUAGUGAAUGAGGCAACAUAAAAAAUAUCAAAACAUUUUUCCUGAUGAUGGUUUCAGUUGUUCUGAUCACUCUGAUGUACAUCUUACUGAUCACUUUGGUUUGAAUUUGUUAUUGAUAUUGUGGCUUUAUUUUUGUCCAGUGGGAGAAAGUGGAGAUGUGUCAGCCAUCUUUAAAUACAGUCUCUGAUUUUUGCCCUCUGAAAUGUAUUUAUCUAUAACUAUUUCUAUAUAACAUCUUCAGGCUGCAGUGAGGCUGAACCAGACUGAUUUAACAUGGAGCCUGACAUUGAGGUUUGGGAUCCAAAGAUGUUUUUUACACUGAGUUUGACGUGUUGGAUGAGUUGUUUAAUGACAUUUGAGUAAUGAUGUGGAACAGGAUCUGAGCUUCAGCUUCCGUUACUGUUAAAUUAAAAGAUAUGGUUCUGGUUUAUGUCUGUCUCCAUAGAGAAACAGCAGAGUGUCGUAGAGAAACAGCAGAGUGUCAUCAGUGUAGAGAGAUUUCAGAUUCUGCAGAGCGGGCCCAGAUGUGAUCCCUGUGGGACACUGUAGAUAAAAGAUGCUGCAGCUAGAGUGGUAAAAACCAAACAAUCAAUAGAAUAUCAGAUAAAACUAAUCAACAGACUGAUUGAUGAUCUUAACAAUCAUUAGUCACAGCUCUGAUUGAAUUCCUGAUCAACAGACGUCCUCUGUGUCGAGCUCAGCCGUCUGUUCUUGACUCGUCAUCUUACAUGUGUUUGCUCAGGAGCUUUCACACUGAGUCAGCUCAGCCGACAUUUCCACAGCAACUGUGCAAACUCCACCUGCUGAUGAUGACUGCGUGAUGUGGUCAAAAGCCAGAGAAGAAGCCAUGAAGUAGACCUUUGAGUUGAGAUGCUUUUGUCGUCAUGUGUUGUUUUUUUGUUUUUUUUGUACAAAGACGUCAGAGUCCGCAGUCCGUUCACCUGUCUGUCUUCUUUGGUGGUUCUUGAUAUUUACUGCUGCAGAUUAAAACUGAAUUGGACAGGAAUGAUCCAGCUACACUGUCUUCAUUCUGAACCCCGGUCCCCUUCUGGCUGUGGUUCCUGUUUGUUUUCUCCUCAGCAGCUGGAUGAUGUUGGUUGGUGGUUUUUGUGAAUAAUGUACAUAGAGCUGGAGAAAGCAGGAAGAAGAAUAUUUAUUCCUUCAGUUGUUCUCUGUGUCGAUGUCGUUGUUGUUGUUGUUGUUGUUCUUGUGAAGCACACAGAGAGAGAGAGAGAGACAAUCAUGUCGGACCGUGUUAAUGUUCAGAACCACAGUUAGACUGGGACAUGAUCCAACUCUGCAUCAGUGUAACCCUGGUUACCUGCUGCUCUGGGUUAAUCUCAGUGAGGUGUAUUUGUAGUGUUGGUGUUUGGCUCUGGUGCUGAUGAGAACAUUAUUGUAAUGAAAGCUUUUAUUUAUGUUGUAUGAUUCCAAAAUACUACAAAUAAAAAAUCCCUAUACACUGAAA